AUGACCUCGAUCAUCCUCGAUAAGUGGUGUCCUUCGGCUUAUCGAGCACACGGCUCUUCAUAUUUGUCGUGUCGGAACGUUAGCAACGUGGCGAAGGAAGCCACGCUACCGACUCUUCCGGUUCCGGAUCUGGAGUCAACCUUGCAGAAAUACUUGGCCCAAGUCGAGGUGAUCGCCCCGAAUCAUCUGCCCAAGACCAGAAGUUUGGUGAAAGCGUUCCUUUCCGGGCCUGGGCCGAAGCUGCAGCAACGUCUUUUGGAACGCCGACAGAAAAUGACAAAUUGGGAUUUUUCUCUUCGCUGUUGUCUACGCCAUAAAUUCCGAAAUGUCUAAACAUCGCUCAGUUUUCAUUGCACCAGCCUGCCACAUUCUGCUUAAUGCAAGAUUAAUUGCACGAGCUGAAUAGCAUUCGCAGACAAGUCCUCUGCAAGGCAUCGGUGAUAAAUUAUUAACCAUCGCGUUCGCCUUACAAUAACGAUCCUCAUUUGUUAUUCCGCGAAACACACAUAGCAUCGCGGUGGAGCGUUGAAUAUAAGUAACAGAUGGAAAUAGACACAUUUGAAACGAAAUGAAAGAAACUGAACAAUGGUUUGGGAUUACUGUUUUAAAUUCAGCCUUCGGUGGGUAAUUUGUUAUCGAUAUUUAUGGAGAUAUACACUGCGCGAGAUUGGC